GCUCACGACCAAAAGCCACAAGUUUUAAUUAAUAGCUCAUCAAUCAAACCACAAAAUAAUGUCUUCUUCACUUACUCUCUUCUUCUUCUUUGUUUCCACAUUCCUCUACACUUCAUCAAAUUCAUUCAAUAUCACUAACAUUUUAAACGAGCACGAUGAUUUCUCCACUUUCAACAAACUUCUAUCCGAAACUCAACUCGCUUCUACCAUCAACAGUCGUCAAACCAUAACCGUCCUUGUGGUUUCCAACGGCGCACUCUCUUCCCUCUCCGGCCAACCAGCCAACCUCAUCAAGAAGAUCCUCAGCCUCCACAUCAUUUUAGAUUACUACGACCAGAAGAAGCUCAAGAAUCUGAGCAAGAAGUCAGUACUCCUCACCACUCUUUUCCAAUCAAGCGGCCAAGCUAGAGGCCAACAAGGGUUCUUGAACGCAACAGUUACGAAAGACGGAAACGUGUUAUUUGGAUCUGCCGUUCCCGGGCCUGAUCUGAACGCUGAGCUUCUAGACUCUGUAGCGUCACUACCAUUUAACAUCUCGGUGCUUCAUAUUAGUAGUGCUAUAAUGAUUGAUGUUAAAGCUAAUAAUGCACCUACUGGUUCUCCUUUGUCACCAUCUCCACCACGCCCUGCGGAAUCACCUAAUGAUGAUGAUUAUGAAUAUGACGAGCCACCACCAUCCUCUGCUCCGAGGGUCGCUGCUCAUGGACCUUCCAAAAGCGCAGACUCAGCCAACGGAGUUUCAAGGAUCAAUUCUCUGCCUGCGUUGGCCUUUACGCUGUUGAUGUCAUCCAUUUGGUGGUUCAUGGCUUGAAGACGAUGAGAAACAGAGUGCAAGAACUAAACAAGAUUAGUUCAGGUAUUGGAAGGAAAGCCAAAAAAAUAUAAAACAAACUCAGCUCGGGAGACAGCAAAAAACAAGAACACUGAAAGACCAAGCGUGACAGCCAAAAAACAAGAACACUAAAUUAAAAGACCAAGCGUGACAUGUUUUUGGGGAGAAUAAAUUGAUACAAUAAAAGAUGUGGGAAAACGUAAGACUCAAUAAUUCUUGGAUAUUAAUGUUUGUUAAUCAAUGGUGCCUCGUUUGGUUGCAUUACAUGAAAUAGAUGACACAAAGAAGGGGAGAAACAUUGUGUAGUUCUGAAGAAACUAGUUUAUAGAUCUUUAUUAGUUUUUUUAACUAUGAAAGGCAAAAAACAACCCAAGAACAGGAAGCACAUUCAUAUCCAUGUCUUUCCCCAUACCCUAACAACGAAACUUAACAACUCUUUUAAGACAAGGAAACAAAACUCAGGGACUAUACAUGUAGACUGGCUUAAAGAAAGCUUUGAUUAAAAGCAAAAAAAAAAAAAAAAAA